AUGGGUGUAAACGUUAAAUUAAUAGUUCUCAUAUUAGCUUUAAGUGUAAGUGCAUUAGGAGAUGAUACUUUAGUAAAUACAGAAAGUACUGUUAGUGUUAAUGUGCCAGUUAUCCCAGAUGACGUCACAGCAACUGUCGAAACUAAAGAUAGUAAAGACGAAGCGGUGGAGCUUUUAGAAAACGCUGGCGCAUUAGAUGUGAAAAGCGGUAAAUAUCAAAGAAUAGAUGGCGAUAGCUCACUGACAAAUGACACUCCAGUGGAAUUGCAAACAAUAGACUUUGGAUCGUCUGAUGUGCAAAAUGAGCGACAAGUAUACGGUUCGCCCAGCACUACAUCUGUAACAAAUACAGAAUAUGCUCACAUCGAUGGCAGAGUGCUACCUUCGACUACAUAUCGAAAUAAUGGACAGUCUUACGUUAUCACGAACCAAAGACUGCAACAGAUUAGAUCGAACUUCAUGUACUGGUUCUAUGACCAAGGCGGUAAUGAGAAUAUUGGAGAUUACCAAAGAGACAUUCACACAUCAACCCCUCAAGUACACAAAAACUUCAACUUUCAACUACCGUUCUUCGGAUUUCGCUUCAAUUAUACAAGAUUAUCCAUGAAUGGGUACAUCUACUUCAGUGAUCCACCAGAUCAUUAUACCUACCCCCUGUCUUUCCCCGUGCGAGACUGGCCUACCGUCAACGAUCCGUCCUUCAUUGGUAUAUUUUUCAGCAAAUGUCGUAUUGGAAGUCAAAGGCCUGAAGACCCCGAUCAGAGACGGCCCGGUGUUUACUUUAGAAUGGACAGGGACUUACAGACUCGUACGGACCAACUUGGUGUAGAAAUGAGAGAGCGUGUAACCUGGGACAUUCGAGAGGGAGUAAUUGGUUCAGAAACUUUCUUCCCGAAACAUGCUGUUACUAUUACAUGGAAGAAUAUGUCAUUCGCUGGUGGUAUUGAUAACUCCUUGUUUAUGACCAACACAUUCCAAAUGGUACUGGCAACAGAUGAAGUAUUUACGUACGCGAUUUUCAACUACCUAGAAAUCAACUGGAGCUCACACACUGAAGCUGGAGGUGAUACAACAACCGGAGAAGGUGGUGUACCAGCUUAUAUUGGAUUUAAUGCUGGUAAUGGCACACAAAGCUACGAAUACAAACCUUACUCUCAAGCAUCUGUGCUCAGAGAUCUUACUGGAAGAGGCUGGGCUAAUGGCUUCCCCGGACGACAUAUAUUCAGGAUUGAUGAGAAAAUCCUCAUGGGCACAUGCAAUAAAGAUAUUGACGGAGCUAAUUUACCAUUGAUGUUUGCGCCAGAAAGUGGCAACAUGCUUGGUGGUACCGUCGUUAAUAUCACAGGUCCUUGCUUCCAACCGAAUGAUCGAAUUUCAUGCAGAUUUGACACGGAGUCCGUCAUCGGUGCAGUAGUAGAUUCCAACAGAGCUAUUUGUGUUCAGCCCCGUUUCUGGCACAACGGUUACGCGAGAUUUGAAAUUGCCAUCAAUAAUGAGCCUUACAAGUGGAAAGGAAAAUACUUUGUUGAAACACCUGGAACUGCUACAGAGAAGAUCUUCUUCCCUGAUAACUCAAUUCAUGAAAGAUAUCCGCCUGAGAUUAGAAUAACGUGGGAUCGUUUUAACUUGACCACUAAUUUAAACGUCCAACUGCAAAUUAGUUUAUGGGGCUACAAAGAAGUGACAAUCAGACCUCAAUUAGAAUUUAUUGAUAUGAUUGAAACAGGCGUUUCCAAUACCGGAGAAUAUGUGAUAAAUCCACAAAAUUUCCGCAACCGAGAUAACAUAAUGCACAACGAUAUGCAAUUUGGAUUCCUACAAAUCAACUUAACUACUCCAGAAGUGUUUAAGAAUGUGCCGAUUUCACCUGUUUUAUGGAGUCGUCCCAUACCUCUCGGUUGGUACUUCGCACCACAGUGGGAGAGGUUGCACGGUCAGCGCUGGUCUCAAUCCAUGUGUAACAAUUGGCUACGUAAUGAUCGUUUCUUGAAGAACUUCGCUGCCCAAGUGUGGGUGUGCCCUUGUACCUUAGAACAUGCGCUGUUGGAUAAAGGACGCUUCAUGCCCGAUUUGUCCUGUGACAAAGAUAUUAACCCCACUUGUAGAUAUCACUGGGGCGCUAUACAUUGUGUUAGGAGUGGUGCUCCAAGUUCGGAAGGAUCGGGUCAACAGUGUUGCUACGACAAGAAUGGCUUCCUCAUGUUGUCUUAUGACCAAAUGUGGGGUUCCAGACCUCACCGCUCACACGAUUUCGGCUUCACACCCUACAAUGAAGCUAAUAAGGUGCCAUCUCUAUCCCAUUGGUUCCACGAUAUGAUUCCUUUCUAUCAAUGCUGCAUGUGGCAAGAGGAGCAGGCAGUAGGGUGCGAAACAUUCAGAUUCGAACGUCGUCCUUCUCAAGACUGUGUGGCGUAUCAAUCGCCGGGAGUCGCCGGUAUAUUCGGAGAUCCUCAUUUCGUCACCUUCGACGGUUUGCAAUACACAUUUAACGGCAAAGGUGAAUAUGUACUCGUAAGAGUCGAUCGUCCCCAAAUCAAACUAGACGUACAAGGUCGCUUCGAACAAACACCCAGAAAUAUUUAUGGACAAGUUAAUGCUACAAUUCUGACCUCUAUUGUGGCUGCUUCAAACAACUCUGUGCCUAUCGAGGUGAGACUGAGACCUCAACAUGCUCAAUGGAGAUAUCGCCUGGACGUAUUCGCUGAUAACAAGAGGGUUUACUUCGACAGAACAGCUUUAAGAGUGCAGUAUUUCCCAGGUGUGACAGUUUACCAACCCAUGUAUAUCUUGAACCAAUCUGAGAUCGUUAUUAUGUUCUCGUCUGGCGCUGGAGUUGAAGUGAUUGAAAACAAAGGCUUCAUGAGUGCAAGAGUCUACCUACCUUGGACUUAUAUGAACCAAACUCGUGGUCUUUUUGGUAACUGGUCGCUGGAUAUAAACGACGACUUCACUCGCCCCGACGGCAUUAUAGCUCCCGUUGAUAUGAAUAACUUCCAAACAGCGCACAGGGACUUUGCACAACAUUGGCAACUUACCGAUCGAGAACAAAAGGAUAUAGGUGUGGCGUUAUUCGUAAGAGAAUAUGGACGAACAGCCGCAUAUUACAACGACAAUGAAUUCAUUCCGAACUUUAUACGAGAACCGGCGGACUUCUUACCUACGAACAGAUCUCAAGACGUUAGAAGAGCGACGGAAAUAUGUCAGGACUCAUAUCAAUGUCGAUACGACUUUGGUAUGACGCUAAAUAGAGAUAUGGCUGAAUUUACUAAGAACUAUCUCGCUUCUAUUACUAAUAUAAAGGAGCAAAAUGCCCGUCGAGUGAUCAGUUGCGGAAUUCUGGAAACUCCACGUUUCGGGAGAAAGAGUAACUUCUUCUUCACUCCUGGUACUAGAGUUAAUUUCGAAUGUAAUCAAGACUUCAUCUUAACCGGAGAUAAACGUCGUAUUUGUGAAGACAACGGUAGAUGGAAUCUUCCUGACUACGGUUACACAGAGUGCUUACGUAACCAGGAGUUUUCUCAACGCGCACUAUUUUUAACCUGGGGCAUUAUAGUGGCAAUUAUUCUACCAUUAGCACUCCUUAUUUGCCUGAUUUGGUUCUGGUGUUGCUACAAACCGAAAUCUGAGGGCAAAGAAGGAUUCAACUUCGAAGACAUUCCGCGAUCAAAAUCUGCUUCGCGUCUUAAUCUUAGAUCUGCUUCAAUGGGUAACCUCACAGAUACUAUGAAAUCUUCUACUUUACGUACUCAGAAUUCGGAUAUAAAACCUAAAUUGCCAGACACGCCCACUGAAGAAGCUCCCCUUCAAGUUGCACCUCUCACUAGGUCUGCACCACCUCCACCCACUGAACCCCAAGACGGUGAAAGUUCUGGAAUUGGCUAUACAGAUUCCAACAAAAGCGAUAAGUCUGAUAAGUCAAAAAAACGUCGCGCUUAUGAUAAAACUUAUCGAACUAACGAACCGCUACCCAAUGCCCCUGAAGUUGAAUUCCCAGAAAAACCUUGGGAUUUGUCUGAAGAAGAUUUACUCUCUCUAACAACCCCAUCAGAAACUGAAUCCAAUCGCGAUUCAACGCUGACUCGACCAACGCAAGACAUUAAGUUUAUCAGUCAGCCGCGUCAAACCGGCCGCCAUGCUUUACCUAUUGAUUCUGGUUAUUCUACUAAGGAUGGAUCCGAAGAUCCUUAUUCCCCCAAAUUUGAGGGACAAUAUAGUCCCAUUCCAUCUCAGUACUCCCCCACUUAUUCUGAGAUUUAUUCCCCACCUUUAAGUCCAACUUCGGAUAAUAGCCCAAGAAAUACGUAUAACAACCCCGGUUUACCUGAUCCUCCUAAGAGUGCUCCGCCUACUGAAAUAAAAACAUUUACAAUUCCCCCACAAAGAGGCAAGUCCGUUGAAACACUCAUAGAUCCUCCUGCGACUGAAGUACCAACAUUUAGUAGCAACCAAGAGUAUUCUUCACGUACUUUGGGUGCAACAUGGGGUAUCAUCAGCGCUGUAAUGGUGCCUAUCGUGAUAUUGUUCAUUUGCUUGGGUUGGCGCAUCCUGAAGAAGAGAAAAGAAGAAGAAAGGGAAGAAAGCGAUUUCUUGCCUAUCAAGUCUCGCUCAAUCGACCCAGAUGAAUCAGUUAAAAUGGCAUCUGAUGAUGACUCUAUACCGUACAAAAAAGAUACAUCUGAAGAUAGCCCAGAACCUAUUGCUAAUGAAACCAAUAGUUAUCCAUACCAGUUUCAAGACCAACCAACCAGUGAACCACCAGCGCAGUACCAACAACCUCAACCGUUUCAGCAACCGCAGCAGCCACAGUCAAGCAGACAGUGGGCGGGAGAAACGGAGAUUAAU